UGUGUCGUUAAAGCGUGCAAAAUCCAAUUCCAACUCUGGGUCUUGUGGGGAGGCUAUUUUUAAUGACACUUUGCUUACCCGGAAGACCUUGGGAAGUUAAUAUCAAAAGUUUGAAGGAGAUAAGAGGUACCUAAUGGAGCGUACGCUUUGGGGACAUCUACCCUUGUUAGUAAGAGCCAACUCCAAAGAAUCGGUGGAAUAUAUUCUUCAAACCCUUUGGAGAACCUGGAAGACUGGUCUGGACGCAGAUGACCGUCGACUCAUCUGCCAAAUGCUUCAGCUCCAAAACGAGUCCGACCUUGACCCGCUUCUAGUAUGUCUCCGCAUGUUAAUGCGUAAAUGUGUUUAUGAGAACAUCAGCAAAGAUGAUAUUCAAAAGCUGUUUCCUAGUGAGGUUCUUCCUGAAUUACAAAGACUGUUGACACUUUUGCUGCAAAAGUUUCAAAGAGAAUGGCGUGCAGAUGUACACAUGGAUAAGGUUUCUUUGCCACGCUUAAAGACAAUGACUUGGAAUUUGGCAACUCAGGACAGUGAAGUGAGGGAACCGGUGGCUGUUAUCAAUUUGAAGCUUCAAAAUGAUAUGCAGUGUCCACAAGAGUCGGAUUUGUCAUUCCAAUUAGCCAAAGAAACACUGGAUACAAUGCUGAAGUCUGUGUACAGUAUAAGAGAUCAGUUGUCGAAUAUGGGUGAGACAUAAAAUGGACUUUUCUGCCUGGAAAUCAAUGCAAUGUAAUUUACCGUUGGCACACAUAAAAUAGUGCAGGCAAACUACUUCCCUCAAAAUCAACUGUUCUCUAGAAUUUACUCUGUUUUUCAUCUUUAUGAACAUUGCUUUUUAAAAAAAAAAAAAACCUGCGUAUGUGAAGAAAGCAGCGGAUCAUGUUGCGUUGACUUUUCAUUUUCCCCUAAAGUAUCCUUGUCCAACAUUCGUAUGUCAUAGGUAUACAGAUGUUGGUAUGAGUGUAUGAUUCUUCAAAUAUGUGGAAAAACUUGGAACAAGAAUUUUGAGGA